AUGCUCACAUUUUCUCGAAUUAUAGUAGUCAUUACAUGCUCUAUAAUAUUCUUCAAGCAUAUUACUCAUGUUAAUAUUUCCACAUCUAGACAUUCUUCUCCUUAUAAUGUGCCUGAUAUGUCAAACCGGAGAGCUUCUCCCCAAAUUGAAUCAGACUCGACAGCUCUUCAAAUAUCAUCAGGCUCAAAACUAAUCGAUAAACCCGUAAAGGAAUUUACAAAUACCAAGAUUUAUUCAAUUACCAAUAUUAUCCAUCCAAAAGCUACUAGUUAUAAAACAUCAUACACUACCGUCACUUACGAUCGUACAUAUUAUGUUACCGUACCAGUGACAAGCUUCAGGACUAAUCUUGGGUCUUCUGUUACUACUAGAACACACUCCAGCCCCCCGCCUAAAAAAACAUACAAUCCAAAAACCAAAAAGACCCCAUCCGAGGUGGCCAAUGAGAAGAAUUUUAUUUGGUUUACUAUUCCAUAUACUGAACUAAGAAUCUUUCUAUAUAUCUUUGUACCUUACGACGAGUGCGUUGCCACUGAGUUUGAUAUAUUUUGCGAGCCUGCCUCUCAAGAAACCGUGGAUAGAUAUCUGAGACAUGCCUAUUAUAUACUUAUUUUUUUAUUUCUAUUUUACCAGGCCACUAUUUACUUUACAAUCUAUGACACUGUUCUCUUUGUUAAAUACAUUUUUAACUUGGUGAGAAGACUGUGCGCAAAAUUACAUAGAGCGCAACUAAAUUAA